GUCACUUCCUCUGAAAAUCAACAUGGCGGAGCUGCUGCUUGAUUCCAACAUUAGAGUUUGGGUUUUCUUACCUAUAGUUUUAAUCACAUUUCUGAUUGGCAUAAUUAGACAUUAUGUGACAAUUUUGAUAUCCUCAGAAAAGAAGUCCGAAUUACAGCAAGUAUCUGACAGCCAUGCACUCAUCAGAAGCAGAAUACUGAGAGAAAAUGGAAAAUAUAUACCAAAACAGUCAUUCUUGGUUCGUAAGAAUUUCUUCAACAAUGCUGAAAAGGGAUUCUUCAAAACAGAAAAAAGGGAAGCCCAGGUCAAGAAUCCUAUGACAGACCCGACAAUGAUGACAGACAUGAUGAAAGGCAACAUCACCAAUGUUCUUCCUAUGAUUGUCAUCGGGGGCUGGAUCAACUGGGCUUUUUCAGGAUUCUUGACCACAAAGGUUCCCUUCCCUCUAACGCUGAGAUUUAAGCCAAUGUUGCAGCGAGGAGUAGAGCUGGCCUCUCUCGACGCUUCAUGGGUGAGCUCUGCCUCAUGGUAUUUCCUCAAUGUGUUUGGGUUGAGGAGUAUGUACACCCUUAUACUUGGUCAAGACAAUGCUGCUGACCAGACAAGAGUUAUGCAGGAGCAGAUGUCAGGGUCGGCCAUGAUGGCACCUCCGGACCCCAUGAAGGCCUUCAAGGCCGAGUGGGAGGCCCUGGAGGUGUGUACUCAUGACUGGAUGCUGGAGGCGGUGGAGGAGGAGCUCACAGGGGGCAUCAUCCAGCCAGAAACUAUAUACAUCAAAAACAAAUUUGCAUAAUCAUUAUCAUUGAGCUAUGUAUUGAUGUAAGUCAUAAAUUUUGUUCGUAAAAACAAUUCAUUUCUGAUAUUCUGACACUAUACUAAGGAUAUCUUUGUACCAUUUGUUGUUUAGUGUAUAGAGGAAUAAGAUAAAAAUACAGACUUGAUGUCAAUAUUGAUAUACUUGUGUCAUUUAUAUGCUGUUACUGUGUAUUUAUCUCGAGUUUCCUUGUCAUCCUACACUCCUCGUAGUUGUGCUCGGAAACAGGUGCCCCAGUCACCUAAGUCGUUGAUUAUUUACAAGUCGCUAUGAUAUAAUUGGAAUAUUGCUGACUGUGGCAUCAAAUAAGCAUAAAUAGCAUAUAAAGAUUCACCAUACAUCAUGCAUGUUAUAACAUAGUUUACUGUAUCAGUUGUUUGGGAUGGUGGCACAGUAGCCAAGUCAUCUAAGGCUCUGCAGUUUGCUGUGCAGAGUUACAUCCCUUGGGUGCCAGAAACCUGCGAUGCUGGGUUUGAAUCUCUGUACGCCCUGAUUAUCUGUCUAGGUUUGUAGAAGUAUACCCAUGCUUGUGGAUUGCACCAAAGUGGUUAAUGUCUAAGACCUGCAUCACUUUGAGUUUUUCUCUCUCAUCAAGCUGACAUGCAGUGAUAUGACUGAUACAGUUUAAAGUGGCGUUGAACUCAACUCACUCAUAGUUCUGCUGCAUGUAUUGGUGUGAAUGUUCAGAGCAGCUGCUCUCAAAUCUCUGUGUACCAUCCUCAUCCAUGAUAAACAAACCUUUCAGUUCUUCACACUAGAAGAAUGAAAAUAAUAUUUGUUUGGGAGAAGGAAUGCUUGCACUGGUGUUUCACUUAUGUGUGUCUGGGAAACCAAUGUUUGUUUACAUCAUGCAUUGUUAUUUCUGAGGAUGGGGAGUGAUGUUUGUAGUCCUUGUUUGUAUCAUUAUUCAGACUUGAGGAAUGUAAAGAAAAGUGUGACUGUCAAGGAAUGAGCAGUACUUCUUUUUUCCCUUUGUGUAAUAAAAGUUCUCAAACAGG